CCAUUAUUAACCUUACUUGGAGGACUUGUACCUCAUGCUAAUGCAUGUUGUACCUUUGCAUCUAUAUAUGCUUCCCUUUCUCUUAUGUAAUUUUCAACGCACAGCACACACAGUACAAGGAUCAAGGAUGGGACAGCAGCUGGAAAACACAACACCAAUGGAGUCGUUGAGGUCGUCGACGUCGUGGCGCUUGGAUACGCCGUUGGUUUAUUUGUUCUGUGGGAUAGGUGCAAUGCUUGCUCUCAUACUGAUGGCUUUGAUAAUGUUGGCUUGUUCUCAAUGGAGGACCCAAUCAACACCUACCGGCGCCGGUGACGAUAUCGAAGGUGGUGAUGAACACCCUCAGAAGGUGGCUCGGUAUGUGAGCAACGAAUCUAAAGUCAGCCCUGAAAUUGUCGUCGUUAUGGCCGGAGACCAACUUCCGAGUUACUUAGCUGCACCUGCUCGUGUCCCCGGCUGCAGCGGCACAAUCACCCAUCUCUCCGACCGGUCUCGCUAGAUUCCUCCGUCAACAAUCUUUGUUGGUUUUUCAUCUCUUUCGUAUUUUCCCGGAAUUAUUGUAUGUAAUCAAUAUGAGAUUAAUAAAUCAAGUUAUGAUAUCAGUUGUUCACUUGUUUCAUGUUUGGACUAUAUCCAUUUUCAUCCGCUGUCUGAUUCACCGGAAAAAGUGUUCAAUGAUGCAUAAAAACAAGGAUUUUAAUUACGGUGGAGCAAAUUCUGGGAUAUCUCGUGAAGAGUUCAUGAGUCUCGAGGAGGGUGGUGGAAAAUAUGGUCGGAAUGAUCCCAUGCAGUUGAGACUGCUGAACUGAAGGAAUGCAGCAAACGCAGAUGGUAUGAAUGUCGGUGAAAAUUGGCAUUUUCCAUUAGGGAUAAGAGAGACAUUUUCUUUUGUUGUUUGCUCUUUCUACACUUGCACUUGGCACAAUAUAUCGAAAUUUUAGGGCAGAUUACUGGAUUCAUCGACAUAAUUUGCUAUUUA